AUGGCAACGCCCGAAACACCAAAGGUCGACCUCGACCACCUCAAAGGAAAGACAAUACUGAUCACUGGAGGGGCGUCGGGCUUUGGGGCGGCCUUCGCCAGGAAAUGGGCAAGCCAUGGAGCCAACAUCAUCAUUGGCGACAUGAGUGACGCCGCAGGAGAGAGUCUUGUUGCAGAGCUCCGGUCCAGCACAGGGUCUCAGAAUCAUUGUUACCAGCAUUGCGACGUCACGGACUGGCAGAGCCAAGUCGCGCUUUUCAAACUGGCAGUGAAGCAGAGUCCAUCUGGGCACAUUGAUGCCGUGGUUCCCAACGCUGGCAUCAGCGGCGAUACCAACUCCUCUCCAGGCAACUUUGAAGACCCCCAAGGUCUGGACGGAGAUGACCCUGCUCCGCCAAGGCUCAAGAUCCUCGAUGUCAACUUGACGGGUGUCAUGUACACUGUUCACCUCGCCAUGUUCUGGCUCGCAAAGAACAAUACCGAAAAAGCCCAGGGCAAGAACGAAAAUCAGCCCGAGGGCACAAGAGACAGGCACAUUCUCCUCAUCGGGUCGGUCGCAAGCUUGACACCGCUCGUGGGCGCUGCACAAUACACCGCUUCCAAACACGCAGUCACAGGUCUGUUCAGAAGCCUACGCGGCACAGCAUUCCAUCGAGGAAUACGCAUCAACUUGCUCUGCCCACACUUUGUCAAGACCGGACUGCUCAGCGACGGCGUAAUGCUGAUUCUCGCAGGCGGCGGCCUGGGCGAGGUCUCGGACGUGGUGGAGGCGGGCACGCAGUUCAUGGCCGAUAAGACCGCCUACGGGCGGUCCGUCGUAAUUGGCCCAAAGCUCAAGGUGGAGGACGGCGAUGACGGCGAGAUGAGGCUUGUGGAGAUACCCAGUGCGGAGGGCGAGGAGGGCAAGGGCAUCUGGGACUGCUUCGCCCACGACUACCAGAGCACCGAGGCAUUCUUUUACCGGUACACGCGCCUUCUCAUUGCCUUUGCCAAGAUGAGGGGAUGGGCUGGCUGGGCCAAGGACGUCUUCAAUGUAGUAUUCCGACGAAAAUAG